UCGAACGCUAGGUGUAGAGUAGUGUAGUGUGUCAAACCAAAGCCUGAAUUACCGGGAAGCAAAAUAAAACGAUUAGUUUUGCAAACCAACAGAAGUCGUUGAAAUCACAGAAAAGAGACGAUAAUCUACUUUAACUGGCAGAAAACUGCAGCUCAUCCAUCCAUUCUCUUUGGCAUCUUGUGGACAAUGGGGUGAUUAAGUUUUGCUUCCUCCAUCCUCUACUCAGCACUUCUCUGGUUUAAACCCUCAACACACCACACCUCCCUUCCUCUAAUGUCAGAUAAUUCAGACCCAGACUGCAGCUCCAUGGCUAGGGGGGCCUCAGGGUGCAGGUCCAUGGCUAGGGGGGCCUCGGGGUGCAGCUCCAUGGCUAGGGGGGCCUCAGGGUGCAGGUCCAUGGCUAGGGGGGCCUCGGGGUGCAGGUCCAUGGCUAGGGGGGCCUCAGGGUGCAGGUCCAUGGCUAGGGGGGCCUCAGGGUGCAGGUCCAUGCCCAGGGGGGUCUCAAGGUGCAGCUCCAUAGCCCAGCUUCAUUGUAGGAGCAGCUAUAGCCAGGUUGGUCCAGGCCUGGGUCUAGCCUCAGAAGGCAGUGACAGCAGUUGCCAGGACCCCUCCGCCUCACCCCACAUUGGCCGUAGGAGCGCCUGCUCACGUUCCUUCCACGACGACGUGGACAUGAAGAGCAGUGGAUCCAGCGGGACCGAGUCACACGGCAACGAGAGCCACGGAAGCCAUGGAAACGAGAGUCACGGCAACGAGUCAACGGGUAGCUCCGAUGGCAACAGCAGAGACUCGGCUCUCCUGGAGUCGUCUGGGAGCAACAAGCGCUCUAACUCCCACAGCCCCUCUCCUCCCAGUAGUUCCAAUGCUUUCAGCCUGCUGAGUUCUGAGCAGCACAACCCCUCCACCAGCGGCUGCAGUAGUGAGGAGUCAGCUAAGGCCAAGACCCAGAAGGAGCUUCUCAGGACCCUGAAGGAGCUCAAGAGCCACCUUCCUGCUGACAAGAGGAACAAGGGCAGCUCCCUCAACACUCUGAAAUACGCCCUGCGCUGUGUCAAACAGCUGGAAGCCAAUGAGGAGUACUACCAGCUGUUGAUGACCAAUAACAGUCAGCCAUCCGGCCUGGAUGUGUCCUCUUACACCAUCAAGGAGAUAGAUAGCAUCACCUCAGAGUACACUCUCAAAAACAAUGACAACUUUGCGGUUGUGAUAUCUCUGAUCACGGGGAAGAUCGUCUACAUCUCAGACCAGGCUGCCUCUAUCCUCAAUUGUAAAAGGGGUGUCUUCAAGGACGCUAGGUUUGUGGAGUUCCUGCCUCCCCAAGACGUCAGUGUUUUCUACAGCUUCACCACGGCCUACCGCCUGCCCUCCUGGAGCAUGUGCCCCGGAGCAGAGUCCUCCCCGUCGGAUUGCAUGCGGGAGAAAUCGUUCUUCUGUCGGAUCAGUGGGGGUAAGGAGUGUGAGGGGGACCUGCAGUACUCCCCAUUCCGUAUGACCCCCUUCCUGAUGAAGGUGCAGGACAAGGUCCAUUCUGAGAACCAGCUCUGCUCCCUCCUACUGGCUGAAAGGUUGCAUUCCGGAUACGAGGCUCCCAGAAUUCCUAGCGACAAGCGCAUCUUCACCACCACACACACUCCUAGCUGUGUGUUCCAGGAUGUGGACGAGAGGGCUGUUCCUCUCCUUGGUUACCUCCCCCAGGAGCUGAUCGGCACCCCAGUCCUUCUUCUCAUGCACCCCAAUGACAGGCAAAGCAUGUUGGCCAUUCACAAGAGGAUCCUUCAGUAUGCUGGCCAGCCGUUCGACUACUCCUCCAUCAGGUUCUGCACACGGAACGGAGAGUACGCCAUCAUCGACACCAGCUGGUCCAGCUUUGUCAAUCCCUGGAGCUGUAAGGUCUCUUUCAUCAUCGGGAGGCACACAGUCCGCAUGGGCCCGGUGAAUGAGGAUGUGUUCGAGGCCCCGCUCCCUGCCCUCAUGGAGACCAAGAUCAUGGACUCUGAAGUCCAGGAGAUCACUGAGCAGAUCCACAGACUGCUACUGCAGCCGGUUCACAGCACUAGCUCCAGUGGGUACGUGGGCAGCAACGACCACCUUGCAGCAUCCCAGGGAAUGACCAGCGAGAGCAACACACAUUCAACCAAAGACAUCAACAUCAACAGCAAUGGUAGUAGCCCAAGCAGGCCACACAUCGAGGAGGAGGGGGAGAGCAUCUGGGCCAAACCUCAGAGGUCAGUCCAGGAGAUCUGUAAAGGUAUCCACCUCCAGAACAGUCAGGAACAACAAAUCUACAAAGCCUCCUCCUCAGCCAGGUCUGAGACCAAGAAGAACCCUGGCACAGAGUUCCUCCAGAAGAGUCCCGCGGCGGUGCGUCUCAAGGACACUGCAGCCCCCGUGGCACCUCUGUGCUGGAGGGACAGAUGGGCCACCCCCCUGGAGAACUGCAGGCCUGCAGUACAGGAGGAGCAGCUGGCCGUCAACGAACAGGCGGUCUACUCCUACCAACAGAUCAGCUGUCUGGACAACGUCAUCAGAUAUCUAGAGGGCUGUAACAUUCCCAUUGCUAGGAAGAGGAAGUGCCACUCUUCUGACAACACUUCCUCAGACGAGGACAAGCAGAAAGGAGGGGACAACCGCAUGCAGAUAUCUGAAGACCCUGCUCUAUUUAAGGCUCAGCCUGGUUUAACCGCUGUGGAUGACAUCAUCGCAUACAAAAAGACUGAGGCUACGACCACAGCCUCAGGGGUAGUGGGCUCCUCCUCCCUGGCGGCCCUCGCCGUGCCACCGUGCAGCGAAACCGAGAGUGUGGUGUCAAUAACAAGCCAGUGUAGCUACAGUAGCACCAUCGUGCAUGUAGGAGACAAGAAACUGCAGCCCGAGUCAGAGAUCAUUGAGGAUGUAUCUGGUGGUGGGGAGGCGGUGGAGCGGGUCAGCCAGACUCCUGGGCCUCCUCCUAGUGCUGUUUCACCUCCCAGCCUGCAGAGGAAGCCCUAUAAGAAGCUGGGUCUGACCAAGCAGGUCCUAGCAACCCACACCCAGAGAGAGCAGCAGGCCUUCCUGUGUCGCUUCAGGGAGCUUCAGGGAGUCCAGGUCUUCCAGGCGAACUGUUCCCAAUACCUGGAGCGCCAGAAGGGACAAGGUGCCACUGAUGCUGUGCCCACUGUGCGCCCAUACAGGCAGGCCGAACCCGCUGCCCGUAGAAGCGGACGCAACAAGAAGACCAAGUCCAAGCGGGUAAAACAGAACGAGUUGUCCGAUAGUUCUUCGUCCCAUAGGAAGAGACAGCAGCAGCCCCGACCCCACCUCCUCAAUCAGGGCCUCAACCAGACUUCCUGGUCCCCCUCCAACUCCUCCCAGUCCACCUUGCCGCCCCUAGUGCCAGCCUUCCCUCUCCAGGUCUACCCCGAGGUGGGCACCAUGGCUGGAACCAUGCCUACCAGCCCUGAGAAUUCAAUGCCAGGCUUUGGCGACAGUCAGUGCAACCAGGAUCCCCAGUGCCCGGCACCAAACAUCCAGCCCUCCCCCUUCUCUACUCCCAUGGUGACCCCUGUGGUGGCUCUGGUUCUCCCCAACUACAUGUUCCCUCAAAUGGGGAGCGGGGCGCCAGGACAGCAGCCUUUUUACCAGGUCGAGACGGCAGGCUACUCCUCCCAGCCACAGCCCUUCCUCCCACAGACACCCCUCACCUUCCCUGCCCAGGGUCCCUUCCUGGCACAGCCGCAGCCUUUCUCCCUACAGACAUCUCUUCCCUUCCCACCACAGUCAUCCUCCACCAUCCGGGCCCAGUUCCCGGGCCAGAACCCUUUCCCCCUACAGACAUCUCUUCCCUUCCCACCACAGUCAUCCUCCACCAUCCGGGCCCAGUUCCCGGGCCAGAACCCUUUCCCCCUACAGACAUCUCUUCCCUUCCCACCACAGUCAUCCUCCACCAUCCGGGCCCAGUUCCCGGGCCAGAACCCUUUCCCCCUACAGACAUCUCUUCCCUUCCCACCACAGUCAUCCUCCACCAUCCGGGCCCAGUUCCCGGGCCAGAACCCUUUAGCCCUCCAGACAGGCUUCCCAAUUCCCACCCAGCCUUUCUCUUCCAUGGCCAUGGAGCCGCCCAAGCCUUCUGGGGAAACCACCCAGUCUCGGGGCUCCACACCUGGGUCCAUGGAUGGCAGGGACCAAGUUCCUUCCCCUCCAGUGUUCCAGUCACCAUGCAGCUCACCCCUGCAGCUCAACUUACUGCAGCUGGAGGAGACACCAUGCUCCCUGGAGAGGCAGCACAGCAUGGUGGUAGCGCCCUCCAGUGGUGAUCCCCCGGUGAAUAACACCUUCCGCAAUAAGGGAAGGAGUGUGGUCUGCCAAGCCAUGGAGAAGAUCACGCUUCAGCAGGUGAAUUCGCCAGGCGACGGUAAUACUAGCGACAUGCUUGACACCCUCCUCCAUUCAGACUCUCACUCAGCCACCUCAGGGUCCAUGGGUUCAAGGUCUAAUGACUGUGGAACCUCAUCUAGAACGUCUAACAGUGGAAGGUCUAAUAAUAGCAGGACUUCGGAAUGUAGGAAGUCAGCUAGUGGAACGUCAACUCGUGGUGUAUCUGGCAAUGGCACAGUAUGCAGCAGCCACACCAGCAAAAAGAUCAGAAACUACUCUGGCAGCGUGGAUUCCUCCCGGAACAGCAGCCGGAAGGUCAAAGGGCACUCCACCGGCUGCGAUAGUGGGAGAAGCAGUAGUGUCAUGGAGGUGCGGCCAAUGGAGAUGGAGCAGGGCCAACACGACAAGGGCAUCGAGAGGUUGCUCAGAGAGGACAGAGAGAGGCUGCGUGGGAUGCAGAAGAGUCAGCCAUGCUUCACUGGGGAGCAGCAGAGGGAACUGGUAGAGGUCUACCCCUGGAUGAGGAGUGGAAGGCUGCCCAAGGUCAUGGACGUCAAGGCCUGUGUGUGCUUUGAGGAGGAUGCUCCAGAGGCAUCGAUGUCUGAGGAGCAGCCUGACCUAGACAUAGGAGACACAGGGACUGAGACAGGCGAGGUCAGCCCCUCCAGGAAGCCCGGCGAGGAGCCCUUAAACACAGACACCUGCCCUUGUCCCUCUUCUGGCCUUGGAUCCUCAUAGCCACAUCCACACCCUGAAUCCACCGCUGUUGAUUGUGACAUCAGCACUUCCUCCCAAGACUCGUUCUCAAGCGACAUCAAUUAUUGACCGGGUCCCACCCUCAGACCAACAGCUGUCCCUGACCAGGGAAUUACCAUAUUGGACUAUCUAGUACUGCAUGUGUCCUGCUGGUGGUACACACCUUUUCUACAACCAGCUAAACCGUAUGGAAACUCUGCUACAGCCUGAGAGACCAACGGCCCACCUGGUCAAUUCAUUUUCUGUGUGUGAAUGUGUGAGAGAGAGAAAAAGAAGAUGUGAUUGAGGUUAGGCAGGUAACCUAGUGGUGGACGGGUAGCCUAGCGGUGGGCAGCUAGCCUAGCGGUGGACAGGUAGCCUAGCGGUGGGCAGCUAGCCUAGCGGUGGACAGGUAGCCUAGCGGUGGGCAGCUAGCCUAGCACUCGGCCAGUAACCGAAGGUCGCUGGUUUGUAUCAGCGAGCCGGCGAAAAAUCUAUCGAGGUGCCUUUGAGCAAGGCACUUAACCCUAAUUCCUUUUGUAAGUCACUCUGGAUACGAGCGUCUGCUAAAUUACUAAAAUGUCAAAUGGGUGAGUUCCAGUGUGUGCAAAACACUGUUCUUUCAAUUCCAUCCAUCUCUUUUCCUGUGUUGUUUCACUGAUUAAAAGUAAUGCUUUCACUGAAGUUUAAGACUUAUAGUCUUGUUUUUGUGUUGAUGGUAGCCAAGAAUAUGUAGUGGACUUGCUGUUUUUCAACUGUCUCUCAAUAUGAGAAAAAAUAUAUAUAAUUUGAAGCAUCUGUAAAUGGUUGGUGAAAUGUUUUUUUACCCCCAAUGGUUAUACCAGAGAAUAAUAUCUGUUAGGAAAGCAUAUGUACAGUAUAUGUGUUUCUAUGUUCUGAGUCUCACAAUAUAAAUAUAGGAAGAAACCAGCAUAAGAGAACUAGGACCAAUAUACAUGUGUUUACGGUGUGUUUACUGACAUAUUCAAUCACUCCCUAUCUCAGUCUGUUGUCCCCACAUGCUUCAAGUUGGCCACCAUUGUUCCUGUACCCAAGAAGGCAAAGAUAACUGAACUAAAUGACUACCGCCCCGUAGCACUCACUUCUGUCAUCAUGAAGUGCUUUGAAAGACUAGUCAAGGAUCACCUCCACCUCACUGGCCACGCUAGACCCACUUCGGUUUGCAUACCGCCCCAACAGGUCCACAGAUGACGCAAUCGCCAUCACACUGCACGCUGCCCUAUCCCAUCUGGACAAGAGGAAUACCUAUGUAAGAAUGCUGAUCAUUGACUACAGCUCAGCAUUCAACACCAUAGUACCCUCCAAGCUCAUCAUUAAGCUGGAGGUCCUGGGUCUCAAUCCCGGCCUGUGCAAUUGGGUCUUGGACUUUCUGAUGGGAUGCCCCCAGGUGGUGAAGGUAGGAAACAACAUCUCCACCUCACUGACCCUCAACACUGGGGCCCCAAAAGGGUGCGUGCUCAGCCCCCUCCUGUACUCCCUGUUCACCCACUAUUGCGUGGCCAUGCACACCUCCACCACAAUCAUCAAGUUUGCAGACGACACAACAGUAGUGGGCUUGAUUACCAACAACAACUAGACAGCCUACAGGGAGGAGGUGAGGGCACUCGGAGAGUGGUGUCAGGAAAACAACCUCUCACUCAACGUCAACUAAAACAAAGGAGAUGAUCAUGGACUUCAGGAAACAGCAGAGUGUGCACCUCCCUAUCCACAUCGAAUGGACAGCAGUGGAGAAGGUGGAAAGUUUUAAGUUCAUCGGUGUACACAUCAACGACAAACUGAAAUGCUCCACCCAUACAGACAGUGUGGUGAAAAAGGUGCAACAGUGCCUCUUCAACCUCUUCAAACUCAGGAGGCUGAAGAAAUUUCGCUUGUCACCCAAAACCCUGACUAAUUUUUACAGAUCCACAAUCGAGAGCAUCCUGUCGGGCUGUAUCACAGCCUGGUACGGCAACUGCUCCUUCCUCAACCGCAAGGCUCUCCAGAGGGUGGUGUGGUCUGCACAACGCAUCACCGGGGGCAAACUACCUGCCCUCCUUGACACCUACAACACCCGGUGUCACAGGAAGGCAAAAAAGAUCAUCAAAGACAACAACCACCCAAGCCACUCCCUGUUCACACCGCUACCAUCCAGAAGGCAGGGUCAGUACAGGUGCAUCAAAGCUGGGACCGAGAGAAUGAAGAACAGCUUCUAUCUCAAGGCCAUCAGACGGCUAAACAGCCAUCACUAACUCAGAGGCUGCUGCCUACAUUGAGACCCAAUCACUGGCCACUUUAACAAAUGGAUCACUAGUCACUUUAAACAAUGCCACUUAAAUAAUGUUUACAUAUCUUACAUUACUCAUAUCACAUGUAUAUUCUGUAUGUUAUACCAUCUAUUGCACCUUUCUUAUGUCGCUCGGCCAUCGCUCAUCCAAAUAUUUAUAUGUACAUAUUCUCAUUCACUCCUUUAGAUGUGUGUAUUAGGUAGUUGUUGGGGAUUGUUAGAUCACUUGUUAGAUAUUACUGCACUGUCGGAACCAGUAGCACAAGCAUUUUGCCACACUCGCAUUAACAUCUGCUAACCAUGUGUAUGUGACCAAUACAAUUUGAUUUGAUUUGAUAAUGUGUUUGUUUUUGAAAUGUUUAAUUGACAGGGUUCAUAGUACAGUGUAUUGGCUGACUAAAGAGUACAGUUGGUAGGGGAGGCUUAUAGAGAAGGUGCUUUUUGUUCAACAUUUUCUUUCUAGCCUGUGAUUGAUGGUUUGACCAAGCUUUGAGGAAAGAGUGUCCUAUAACACUGUUCUCGGAUCAGCUUUCCCAAACACAAAGCAUCCUGUUAUAAGCUAUCAGGCUUGCUGGCCUUGAAACAGUGUUUAAGAACACACGGUAGUAGCAACACUUUCUGCAUUGUAAUAUGGCUGGGAUAGUUAUUGGGUCUAAGCAUUUGUCAGGACUCCUCCUUUGUCUAAUUUUUUUAAAAUAUUUUUUUAUUUUAAGCACUGGAAACACACAUUGUCUACCUGCAUUUUUCCUAAUGAUUUCUUUACAGUGCGUCUUGUAUGUCUCUGUAUUUCUGUAUUUAUUGUGUUGUUGGAUAGUCACUUUAAAAAGUGUAAACACAUUGGCUGUGUUAAUGUGUUAAUGUUUUGAAAUAAAAGUCAAACAUUUUAACAUUGAAAUAUA